CUGAAGGAAUUUUUUUUAUUUUAAAGAUUGAUAUGUAAACUUCUGCCUUUGGGCAAAAUUCUAAGUGUUUCAGAAUAAAUGUUCUCAUUGUCAUAGAACAUGUCAGGUAUUGAUAGUUGCUGGCUUCUCUUGAUAGUUCUUCUGUUAUUAAUUCAACACCUGUAAGUCUUGUGUUGAGAUGCAGGCAAUAAACCUUAAUAUGAAUGCAUCAGAGUUACUAUGUAAGCUACAGUAUGCAAUCAUUUUUAUUGUUUCUGUCAGUAAUAUUUCAGUUUUAGUUAAUCAUAGUUUUUGAUUACUGGAAUAGCAGUAAGUAUGGUUAGUUUAAAUAAUCCAGCUUCAGAAACAACAGGUUGAAGGUAGCUUGUUCAGAAUUGUUCAUCAAUGGUCUUCCCCACAAUUUGAUGUGCCAGACAACACAACAAGCUGAUUAGCUAUACAAUGGUACCUCGACUUACAAACGACUCGACAACUGAAUUUUUUGACUUACGAAUGGGCGUAAUGGCCGCGCGCUUGCGAAUGUCUCGACACCCGGAAAAAAACCGUGGCGGUUUUAGAUAGGGAUUUUUCGACUUAUGAAUUUUUAGAUAGGGUUGCUUUGACUUGUGAAUCUUUCCGUUUUCAAUGCAUUCCUAUGGGAAAUCGCGUUUCCAAUGGCGUUUUUUGACUUACGAAUUUUUCGACUUACGAAGGUGCCUUUGGAACGGAUUAAAUUCGUAAGUCGAGGCACCACUGUAAUUGAAAGUAAAACAAAGAAGUACAGUUUAGUUUAUAAUACUAACUUAUGUAGAUACACUGUGUUCUGUGCUUCUUAGAAUUUCUUAGUUUGCAAUUCUGUGUAUACUUCGGAGUAAGCACAAUGGAAAUAAGUGGGAUUUACUUCGAAGUGAAUGUGUAUAGGGUCAUGUAUAUGCUGUUGCUCCCCCCUCACCUGAUUCUCAACAUUAAUCUGGUUUUCUUAGUGAAAAAUUAGUAGUUUUGAAUUGCAGAAUUCAAUCAGGCAAUCAAAUAAUUUGUGGCUCUUUACCUAGAACCACAGGCUUCACAGUUGCAAGUUGCUGCCUUCUCUGCUUCACUGUGUUAAUUGCAUGCUAUUCAGGACGCACAGUUCCACCCCAACUUUAGCACCAAAAUAUAUCAGUAUCGAACCAGACCUCCCACUGCGUUGCCUUCCCACAUCAAGAAAUGAAAAGCCCAAAUAUAACCCAUCUUCAUGUAUUUAAUAUCAAGUACUAGGAUAACCAUACUAUUAAAGUUACAGUAUGCAAUAUAGAAUAUUGGGACGCGGGUGGCGCUGUAGGUUAAACCACAGAGCCUAGGGCUUGCCAAUCAGAAGGUCGGCGGUUUGAAUCCCCGCAACGGGGUGAGCUCCUGUUGCACGGCCCCAGCUCCUGCCAACCUAGCAGUUCGAAAGCACAUUGAAGUGCAAGUAGAUAAAUAGGUACCACAACAGCGGGAAGGUAAACAGCGUUUCCGUGUGCUGCUCUGGUUUGCCAGAAGCGGCUUUGUCAUGCUGGCCACAUGACCUGGAAGCUGUACGCCGGCUCCCUCGGCCAAUAACGUGAGAUGAGCGCCGCAACCCCAGAGUCGGUCACAACUUGACCUAAUGGUCAGAGGUUCCUUUACCUUUACCUUAUGCAAUAUAGCAUACUGCAGUAAAGUACUGUAUGCAAUAAAUCUGUUGUUGCAUGUGUUGAAACUACUUCAUCUUGGUUUUGAGUUAUAUUUGGAAGUCACCUUACUUCAGAUGACUGUUUCUCAUUUCUUCAUUAACAAUGAUUUAGUCUUGCAGCUUUAAAAUAAAUACUGUAAGUAGAGUUUAAUUUUUCAAAAUCAACCUUUCAAUAGAUGAUGGCAGUGAAAGAGUGUACCGGUAUUUAACUCUGGUUUUAACACUUACUGUGUCACCUCAUUUGAUCUUCAGUGGUGUUUAUCCUUCUACCUUCCAAGUAUAUUUGCCUGAGGACAAGCUUAAGGUUUGAAAAGUCACCUCCAAUGUUGGUUUCUAAAGAUAAUUUGCUUUCUAAAGCUUUUGCUUUUGUUAUAAAGCUUCUAAUUUAGUAAAUAACUGUUGCCAUUUUGCCUGCUUAAAGGUUAAUUAAAGUUACUAAGUUGUUUGCCUUUCAAAUAAUACUUUUUAAUAUAAAAGCUAAAUAUAGCUAGAGCAAUUUCAUGAUUUCCUAAUGCAUUCUGUCAUUAAUAUGCAUAGUAAUAUUUCGCAUUCUGGAAAAAUGGUGCAUUCUGUUUAAAAAUGCUGGGUUGUACCCAACACUGGUAUUCCGCAGACUUCCACUUGCACAACAAAGUUUUCCCCUUCUCUCCUCCUCCUUGCAGCCCUGGCAUACCCUCCACAUCCGCUCUAGUGGGUUGCAGUACCCUCUGGAGAAUAUUUUGAUGGUGUGUGGGGAGGGGAGGGGAGGGGAAGUCCCAUUAUGUGAUAAUAAUGCUGCACACUAAGCAUUAGAUAUAAUCCAUUACUUAUAUUCUAGUUUAUAAAGGAAGGUGUUACUGAGAAGGCAAGGGAUUAUACAAAAUAUGUAAAGUGAGAUUUAUUCCACUAGCUGUUAAUGGUUAGGCAAGAUUCUGUUUUGUGAUGAACUUUUGUGAGCUUUCCAGAACCUUUGAGAGUUUACUUGGCUCAAUCUGUAACAGGGAGGAGUGGAUUGACUAUAAAUAUUCUGUGAAAUAAGCCAUCAGACAGAUUUUUCUUGUGAAGAAGCUCUUCACUGUGCCCCAUCAAGUGGUUAUUAGUGGCAGUUAAACUUAUUGCUCUGCAAAUCUUGGAGCGGGCGCAUACCUAUGUGUUUAGAAGAUACUGCAGAUUAAAUAAUCUCUCUUUAUAAAAGGAGUGGGGAACUGAGGGCUGCAUUUUCUCAUGGAAGAACUUCUGGGGGCUUCAUGCCACUGAUGGAUGAGGCCAGAGGCAAAAAUGGAUUGUGACUCUUGUCUUCUAUAGUAGGCUACUAUCCAGUCACACAAAAGUCAGAGGUUCUAUACCCACCCACUCACACCCUCCAUCUAGGUUACCAAGAAGCAUUAUUAGAAGUCAAGGGCAUAUUCCAGCCAGGCAGAAGCACUCAAAUGUGGGUGCAGAGCAGGCCUGGGGAGGGGUGUAGACUGGGGAGAGGGACUUGCCCAGGAUGAAUGCCAAGGGUGAGACAGAGGCUUAGAGGGCUAUAUUUGGCCUCUGGGCCUACGGUUCCCCACCCACACUGUAUAAGGUAAGUGAAUUUCAUGGAGAUUCCACAACUUAACAUCCUUCUGCUUAUAACAGACUGACAGCCUAGGCAGAAGUCAAACUAUUGUGAAAAAAGUGUUAAUUGAAGUUGACCUAAGAGGUAUCCAGCUUUGUGAUCAGAAGUGUACUCAUCUACUGAAGGUUGCAGGACUCAGGAAAGGCCCAGUAUGUGACACGGGCUGCAGUGGGAGGGGGCAAUGACCAAAAAUUAGAUGGAGGCAGGUUGCACAUGGUAUCGCUCUAGAGGACUUUUGGGAAAGAAAACUGGUGGCCGUUGUGAAUUAACCCCCCCUUCCAAAUUUGUUGUCUACCCUGCCCUCACCUUGGAAAUCCAAACUAAAAUUCAGCCCUAAUUGAAAGUAAGGCAGUGUUCUGAACAUGAUACAAUCUUAGUGUGACUUUGCACUCAGCACACCGCGUUCACAAACUUUCUUGUAAGUAGAAUCUUAUUUCUUAACUUAGAUGCUUCAUUGACCUUAAGGGGAAUCCUUUUAGAUUUAUGGCUUAUACAGUGGUACCUCUACUUAUGAAUUUAAUGCGUUCCAAACGCACAUUUGUAAGUAGAAAAAAAUUGUAAGUUGAAUCCCGUAGGAAUGCAUUGGGAGAAAAAAUUCGUAAGUAGAAAAAAUCCUAUCUAAAAAUUCGUAAGUAGAAAAAAUCCUAUCUAAACCGCAUCCAAGAUGGCGGACGAAGCUCCAUUCGUAAGUAGAAACAUUCGUAAGUAGAGGUACCACUGUAUUUAGAGCAGUAGGUCAAAUUAAAGCAGUGUUCUGUUAUGUCAGAUGUCAGUAAGCCUGUUUUAUAAGGGAAACCUUCCAAGUUCUUAACCCAAAAGGAUGAGAAGCUCCAAUUCAGGGAGGAAGUGUAGGCAUUUUUAGAGGUUGUUGUAAAUUUGGAGAUGUUUACUGAAAUGUGUAUUUAGAGUAGAAAUGUCAUUUUUAGGGAACCUAGAAACAGCAAAGCUGAGAGCAUGCUACGGAGGAUGGACACCAAGGAGGCUCUGUUGGGGACAGAAAGAAAGAAAAAUGAGCAACAUGAACCGUGAAGACCGGAAUGCGCUGCGUAUCAAAGAAAGAGAGAGGCGUAAUCAAGAAAUUCAGCAGGGUGAAGAAGCCUUUCCACCUAACUCUCCUCUCUUUGCUGAACCAUAUAAAGUUACCAGCAAAGAAGAUAAAUUAUCUAGCCGUAUCCAAAGCAUGCUUGGAAACUAUGAUGAAAUGAAGGAUUUUAUAGGUGACCGGUCCCUCCAGAAGCUUGUUGAAAUUCCUAAACCAACAGUACCAUCAACAACAGAUGAAAAAUCAAACCAAAGUUUCUUUGGUGAUCAGAGGCACAGUACUGGCUCUCAUCAGAGCAGCAAAUGGACGCCUGUAGGUCCAGCGCCUAGCACUUCUUCCCAGUCGCAGAAGCGUUCCAUAGGUUUACAGAGUGGACAUGGUAGCCAGCGCAACAGUGGCAAUAACACUAGCAGUGGUGGGCAAAGGCAUGAGCGUGACUCGUAUAGCAGUAGUGGGAGCAGCAGUAGCCGUAAAAAAGCCCAGCAUGGAUCUGAACAUUCAAAGUCCCGUUCUUCCAGCCCUGGAAAACCACCUGCUGUUUCUUCUCUGAACUCCAGUCAUUCCAGGUCUCAUGGAAAUGAUCAUCACAGCAAGGAACAUCAGCGCUCCAAAUCUCCGCGAGACCCUGAUGCCAACUGGGACUCACCCUCCCGUGUACCUUCCUUUUCUAGUGGUAGUCAGGCUUUCCCUCCUUCACUUAUGUCUAAAUCUAACACAAUGUUGCAGAAGCCUACUGCCUAUGUAAGGCCUAUGGAUGGUCAGGAGUCCAUGGAACCAAAGCUAUCUUCUGAACACUACAGUAGCCAGACACAUAGCAACAAUAUGAAUGAACUGAAACCUGGCAAAGCACAUCUAACAAAGCUGAAAAUUCCGUCUCAGCCGCUUGAUGCAUCAGCAUCCAGUGACAUGAGCAGUGUGGAUGAAAUUCUCAAAGAGAUGACCCAUAUUUGGCCACCGCCAUUGACAGCUAUUCACACACCUUGCAAAACUGAACCUUCAAAGUUUCCAUUCCCAACAAAGGAAGCUCAGCAAUCUAAUUUUGGCACUGGAGAACAAAAAAGAUACAAUCCUUCAUCAAAAACAUCUAAUGUCCACCAGUCUAAAUCGUGUGAAUCAAACCAGACAAACGUUCUUAUAAAUGACUUGAAAAUCAGCAGCAGUGAAGACAGUGAUGGCGAGCAGGAUUCUGAUAAGACUGUGCCAAGAGGUACACCUGGAAGUAAUUCUGAACCUUCCCAGCAUACAAGUGAAGGAGCUGAUAAUUCUAGGGAUGACUCAAGCAGCCAUAGCGGAUCUGAAAGCAGUUCUGGUUCAGACUCUGAAAGUGAAAGUAGUUCAAGUGACAGUGAGGCAAAUGAGCCAUCCCAGAGUGCGUCACCUGAGCCAGAACCACCUCCAACAAACAAGUGGCAGCUGGACAACUGGCUGAACAAGGUGAAUCCACAUAAAGUAUCACCAGCUUCUUCUGUGGACAGUAACAUCCCAUCAACACAAGGCUACAAAAAUGAGGGCAGAGAUCAGAGCACAGGGAGUGGAUAUGCAGAUCAGAGUGGAUCUAAAGAAUCAAUUUCUUCCACUCCUGGGAGGGAUUCAAAAACCAGCCAGAAAGGAUCAGAGAGCAAUCGGGGUAGACAAAAGUCACCUGCUCAGAGUGACAGCAUGACCCAAAGGAGGACUGUAGGUAAAAAACAGCCCAAAAAGACUGACAAACCAUCUGUGGAAGAGCCCAGAGGGGGACUGAAAAUAGAAAGUGAAACUCCAGUGGACAUGACAACAAAUAUACCCUCUAACAGACACAAGGCAGCCACAAAAGGCUCUAGAAAGCCCAACAUAAAGAAGGAGCCCAAAUCUUCCCCUCGGCCUACAACCGAGAAAAAGAAGUGCAAGGUUGCAAACAAGUCCUCCCAGAAAUCCAAGGAAUUCAUAGAAACAGAUACCUCAUCCUCUGAUUCUGAUGAGAAUGAAAGCUUGCCUCCUUCAUCACAAACCCCCAAAUAUUCUGAGAGCAAUAGGACUCCUGUUAAACCCUCCAUGGAGGAGGAUGACAGCUUUUUACGGCAACGAAUGUUCUCUCCUAUGGAAGAGAAGGAACUCCUUUCACCACUCAGUGAUCCUGAUGAAAGGUAUCCCCUUAUUGUGAAGAUUGACUUGAGCCUCUUAACCAGAAUACCAGGGAAGCCUUUCAAAGACACAGACCCAUCAAAAGUUGAGAGGAAGAAUGUGUCUGAGAAGCAUUCAAGAGAGCCCCAGAAAACAUCCUCCGACAAAGGUUCCACCAAGGGCAAGCGGAAGCAUAAGUUAUGUCAGAAUGCAGAAGAAAGCCGAGGCGUUGAAAGCAAGAAAACUAAACUAGAAGAAAAGGCUCCUUCAGCACACAAAACUUCCAGUAACAGAGAAUCAUCAAAGCAGAGUGCUGUUAAGGAGAAGGAUCAUCUUCCGUCUCCAGCCACAACCCCAGCCACCCAGAAGGAUUCCAAGCAAGAGCAUGGCUCUCGGAAGAGAACCGUCAGUCAGUCGUCUUCCUUGAAAUCAAGCAGUAACAAUAACAAGGAGAGUAGCAGCAGCAAAGGUAGCUCUUCUAAACAAAAGAAGACUGAAGGGAAGGCCUCAAGUAAUACCAAGGAAGCAAAGGAGAAGCUUUUAAAUAAUUCUUCAAACUGCCCUUCUGCCUCCACCAUGACUACAGAUAACUCGAAGUCCCGGAGAGCAAAGCUAGUGUUUGAUGACAGGACUUACUCAGCAGAUCACUACUUGCAAGAAGCAAAGAAAUUAAAGCACAAUGCUGAUGCAUUGUCUGACAGGUUUGAGAAAGCUGUGUACUACCUUGAUGCCGUAGUGUCGUUCAUUGAAUGUGGGAAUGCAUUGGAGAAAAAUGCUCAGGAAUCAAAGUCCCCGUUCCCUAUGUAUUCUGAAACUGUGGAGCUGAUCAAGUACACUAUGAAACUGAAGAAUUACUCAGCACCAGAUGCUACUGCAGCAGACAAAAGGCUAGCAGUGCUGUGUCUUAGAUGCCAGUCCCUGUUAUACUUAAGACUUUUCAAAUUGAAGAAGGAGAGUGCCCUGAAGUAUUCCAAGACAUUGACUGAACAUCUAAAGAAUUCCUAUAACAAUUCUCAAGCACCAUCACCUGGUUUGGGAAGCAAACCAGUCAGCAUGCCGUCUCCAGUCUCUCCGAAGUUGUCUCCGGGAAAUUCAGGAAAUUACUCUUCAGGGUCAACCAACCCUUCAGGGAGCACAUCUUCAGUUACUAUUCCACAACGGAUACACCAGAUGGCAGCCAGCUAUGUCCAGGUUACUUCCAAUUUUCUGUAUGCCACUGAAAUUUGGGACCAAGCUGAUCAGCUUGCCAGAGAGCAAAAGGAAUUCUUUGCUGAACUGGAUAAAGUGAUGGGCCCUCUGAUCUUUAAUGCAAGUGUCAUGACAGACCUAGUACGUUACACAAGACAGGGACUGCAUUGGUUGCGUUUGGAUGCCAAGUGAUAACUGGACUAAAGAAAUCUAAAGCAUAGAAGAUACUUUUCUUGCUGCCUCUGAUUUUUUUUCAACACUGUGUCAUAAAAAAAUAAGGAAGACUGCCAUAAUGCAUUGCUUAGUGGACACUGAGAUUAAGGAAUGCUUUCAUGUCUCUCCCAGCAUCAUGUGUUUGAGAACCUCCCAACCAUCAUGUUAAUGAACUUUUUCAGUUGUUCCAUUUUUAAGGUAUUUAAAAAAUAGUUUAAACUCUGCAACGUUUUAAUGUAAGAUGGAUUCAUUGAGCUGCAAUUGGAUUGGAAUUCUAGUAAUUAUGCCUAACAAAUCUGUUUUAAAACCUAUUUAUUUUAAUUUGUUUUUGAAAGCUCUAUUUUGGGGCUUUUUAAGAUUUAGCAGUUUUUCCUAUAAAUUUUACCUGAUCAAGUACUUAGUGACGAUAAAAUGUAGACACUUUAUUUAAGUAUUUUGUGAGCUUUGUUAUUCUGUAAUGUCUUGUGGUGGUAGAGCUUGUAAGAGAAAGUCAGGGUUGAUAGAUUCUAAAGUGUAGGGACAUAUUUUUGUGAAUAUCUCACUUAAACCCCUAAAUGACAGCCACAGGUUUACUAUUGUACUAAGUUCCAAGGAUGUUGUUCUAUACAUUAAGCCAUUUUAUUUAAGUGAGAUGUUAAAAAAAAAAAUCUCUAUGGACACUUAGCUUCAAAACACAUGUCUUAACACUAAUAAUCUCAAAACCUUCCAGGAAGUUGCAUUUAAUGCAAUAUCAAAGUGAUGUGGGUCUCUCAAUUGAGCUUCAGUCUGCAGGUGUAGACCAGAAAUGGUUUCAAAUGGACAAUCUUCUGCUUUAGUGCAGCCUCUUGUUUCCUUGCUUGUCUUUAUUAGACACUGAAGCCACUAACUAACUCACUCCUACAUGGAAAUGAUGCUUGUCUCAUUUCCAGUGGUAAAUCAGAAAAUGUGAGCAGUAACUUAACACCCUUGGUUUUCUCACAGAUAGGAGUACGCAAUGGGCAACAGGGGGUUGAGAGUAGACCUAUGAUUACAGGGACAUUUUAAACUGUUAACAUCCAGUUGAUUUAAAAUCCUGCUUUUACCCCAUUUUACGACACCUUCCUUAAUGUUAAGUGUUUGUGAUGGGAACAGAAUCUUUAAUUUUCAAGGAAAUAACUGUGAUCAGCUAAAAUUAUGCAUGGAAUUCUAAGUGACUGCUUGAAGGUUACUAACCAGAUCACCUUUCCUGACGAAAAGAAUACUGUUUAGCAUCCCUAACAUGUCUGGUGUGCCUUAUGCCUUUUUAGACUAAGAUUUUGAAUACUGUUUACAAGAGGUUUUACACUUAGGACCUGGUAUACUGUAUCCAGUUGGUCUCCUGCAGUACUUUGGUAAAAUUCCGCUUCCUUUUCCUGGUAACUAGUGGCUGUCAUUUGUUGAGAAUACACACAUUGGUUAUUUGUUAGAGUCAAACUCUGAACCCCUCUCUGUGUGGGGUUGUGGAAUGCUGCUUUACCUGCCCUUGUCCCUGAACCCUACCCCAGAUGUAAAUGUGCAUGUUCAAGAAAAUGAUUGCACUAAAUUUAUGUCUAGCUGUAUAGCUAUGUGCCAAAAUGAUGGCGAACGUUGAAAGAAGGAAUAGAAUUCUACAUUGAUUAGUACUGCAGUGUGUCCUUGGGACGUUGAGAAACUUCAUAAAUUAUAGUCACUAAACUAUAGCUUGCAUAGUCACGGAGCCUUGUGUUCGGAUGUUUUGUACUUCAAGGAAUGCACAGGUUCUCUUACCUUGAUACUUUGAAUUGUUUCCGCUGAAAUCAACUAUCCCUUGGUUCUGUAUUCACAAUCAUUAAUGCUGUUAUACUGUUGCACUCUUAUCCACAAGAAUGCAUUGUAAGAGUGGAGAAAAAAAUACGAAGUCGCACCCAUGCAUACAAAAGAUGAUAAAUCAAACAAUAUUUGAGAAAAUGAUGCAGCCUAGGAUGAUUUACUAUGGGCAAACUGAAUUUCAGUUAAGCAGUAAUGGGUGAUGAUGUAUUAAAUGGCUACAUAUUCUUUUGAUGUCGCUGUUUGGCCAUGCGAAUACAACUGCUGUCAUAUGGAACCUUCUUUAAACCGCUUCCUUGGCAAGCAGUUUAUUGUGUAUGUGCCCGGCACACAGACUAAGAGAGUUCCAGAUUAUUUUUUAAAAAAUGAAAUGGUUUCUGUGGUCCAUUUCAUGUGAGCUGCUUAUGUAGAGGUACCAGUCGCGUGAAGCAGUUUUAAAGCAGGCGCAUUUUCAUGUGCUUUGGUCCCAAGAUGUAUAGCACAGAUGCUAACUCAGAUCCAAUGGGUAGGUUUUUCCUUAACAUUCAGAAGUGCCUGGCACACUUAUCAUACCGAAGCCUCUACACUGUUAGCAGGAGUUGGAUUACAAGCUCACUUGCUGUGUAGUGCUGCAGUGAUCAGCAGGGUGAUUUGGCUUGUUUUUGUACCCAGUUACCAUAACUGCCAGUGGGGAAAUCUCUCUCGUUUUUUUUUUUAAAAAAAACAUUGUUUUCAGAAGUAGAAUACUCUAUAUCAGAUUGGAUUUUUUUAAAGAAGCUUCUUCAGAUGAAUCCUAGACAUUUGUAUGUUUAAUAAUUUAGCAAGGCCUCUGUAGUUUUAAAUGUAGACCUAAGCUAGCAAGCAUUAUCUUUUGUAAUAUAUGCCUCCCAGAGGUAUUAUUUGUAUUUCCUAAAUAUGAGCAGUUCUUUUCCUUCAUGAAUGCAAACUGUCUAGCAGUUUCCAACCAGUUAAAUUAGGAGUUGACAAAAUUUCAAAAUGCCAUCGAACUUUGAAUUCCUUUGUCUCUGAUCUGAAGUGCAUGAGUAAUUUGCCAAAGUUAAUUGUUAAAUGCAAACACAUCAUGAGCUUUUCCUUCUCUUCUCAAAGAGCAAAAGCAAGCUUAACAUCUGCCCUUAAGAUGCAUUAUGUGUAUAUUUUGAGCACUGGCAUUGUGCUGUUGUCUCUGUGUGGAAACUCUGGAAUAAGGGGUUUUAUGGUUAUGUAUUUACGCAUAUCAAUGUUGCUGUGUAUCCCAGUGAUGAGCCUUUUAGAACUGCUUAAUAGUCGGACUAGGCUUGCUCAGGUGUUCAAGUAAUUCUGAAUUUUCUCUCAAAAGUUGCAGGGUCAUAGGAGAGCAAUUCAUGAAUGGUGGCACGAAAUCCACCAGUGGAAUUCUUUUGGGUGUUUCACCAGCCUGCUGGCAGUGAGUGGGUGAGACACUGUAGCAUUAGAAGCUACAAACGUUUCACCUUAUCAGUCUAUUCUGACUAGCAUGUCCCCAAACUAAAGAACAAUUCUGAUGGCAGAUCCCCUUAAUAAAAUGCCUAGGAAACGCCGACCUUGUUGACACUUAGCUACUUCAUUUUGUAUCUUAAAUGAACAUUCAGGGUACCAGACUAAGAUGACCCAGCGUGUUCAGUUCAAUAUGAUUUAAAUCUCUUGGCUGUAAAGCAGAGCAAGUGGCUCUUGACCUUUGACAGCAGUAUGCAAUUUGUAAUAUACAUGUUUCUAAUACAUAUAUCUACAUACAUAUAUAAAUGAAUGAACUCAAGUCUGUCCAAAGUUUGUUAUACUUGUGUUAGGUUAUAGUACAGCUGACUAUAUCAAUAUAUUUAUUGAGUGCUGAGCCAUCCUCAUUUUGGUGAUGGUGAUAAACUUUGCAUAUUAUGCUGGAGUGCUAUCAGUUUCUUUUAGAUUAUUGAAGCUUGAUUGCUGUGAUUUUAUACACGAGAAAACCUGUAGUGUGUGUUAUGAGCAGCCACAGCAGGUAGGGAGUCUGGAUAUAAUGGAGGGAUUGCCAAAGGCAAGUAAGACACAGCUGUAGGCAGAUAACCAUGAAGAUUGCCAAAUCUGGCAAAUAUCGGGAAAGACUACUUUUGCUAUAUAUAGUAACAUUUCCCUGCACUGUAAACUUUGCAGUAUUUUGUAUUAAGGGGGUUUCGAUGGACCUGAGCAAAUCAAGUCUGAAUACAUUUUACCCAUACAAGGAGUAAGCAACAACCAGACCACAUGGCAGAGUCCAGAAUGGCAAAUAUUUCAUAAAUAUUUGCUUCAAGGACAGAAUGACGUUAAAUUGAGUGGAAAUCAGUAUUGUGGGAAGUUUGGGUUUUCGGAAGCUAAGUUAAUGUUGGAGAUCUUUCAACAAAGUGUAGCCAAAGCUUUUACUGGUGUGGUCCAUUCAGCAACUUCCCCCCAAGACCUAGAAAAUGCAGGUUAACUGUAAGAGUAUGAGAAAUCAGUUUAUUUGGGUGGGUACUGGGGUGUUUAUGGCAUUUUAAAAAUAGCAGUUAUGGGAAAUGGGUUGAUUAUAACAUUCUCACCAGAGUUAAGUUUUUUGUAGAAACCCGAUUGUUUUUACAUUAUGGCUUCUCCCAAUUCACCUAAGCUUUAAGCAAACUCAGCCGAAGACAUUUUGUUGCUUCCCGCUCAGAUUAAUUGUCAAAGUGGAUCUAAUUUUGGCUUGUCUUCCCAAUUCCAUGUGUAAAUGUAUUGACAAAGCAUUUGUUUCUGGUAAUGUAACUGUACAGAACUGGUGUUGGCAAAGUGGACUCAGACGUUUUCCUUCUCCUAGUUCAUAGAUCACAUCAGUAUUGGCAGCCAACAUUCCAAGAUGGUUGCACUAAAAUAACAUAGAACUUGGCUUCAUGAGCCAGGCCAAAAGCCUCUGCAAGCACAGUUGCUGGCAUAUGUAUCUGGUUCCAUUUUUAAAUGGUUUUAAGAAGUUUUGUAUAUGGAGGAUAAAGUGCUUAUAUAUUUAUUAAAGAUCCUUUAUCAUAUUUGAAAUUAUUUGGUAAAGGUGGCUUUUCUUUUCCUUUUGGGGGCAAAUGUGUCGGGAGGGGGGAAGUUGUUUUUAACCUUUGGCUUAUCAAUUUAAAAAUAUAUAAAAAAAUCCCUUCUUCAGCAUGCAGCUUGGUACUGAACAUGAUUGGCAGGAUGGCUCUCUGUUGUAUGCUUUGUACAUGACAUGUCCAUGUCUUAUACAUUUUGUUACUUAUCAAUGUAUUAGUCAUCUGUUUUCAACCAAAACUAAACUUUUAAAACAAAACUGUGAUCCCCCCCUUUACUUUGCAAUAUAUUUGAAAUUUCAAAAGGGUACUUUGGGGCUCCAAAUUAGGAUUUCUAAGUCAGUAUGUGCAUUUCACGUAUGUUAAUGGUGAGCAAAGUAUUAUAUACUAACUAGAUUUCCCCCCCACAUCUGUAUAGUAUAUCUAUGUAUUUUGUGGUAUUGAGAUUAUAGAAAGUUUAGUGUCUGAAAUAUGCGUUUAAUGUGUAUUUUUAAACAAAUUUAUGGCAAUUAAAUAUUUGGAGAAAAGGGUAUCACAUUUCAAUUUGUAAAGAUCUUUUUAACUACUGUGUCAUUAAAAUGCUUUGUACAAUGCAAAACUGUAACUGGAGAAACUAAGUUUAAUAAAUAUCAAAUAGAUUUUCUGUAUUAAACUUUAUAAGCACUG